AUGGCAGAGAUGUAUACAGGCUCUGCAUUAUUCGCUGGAACAACAAAUGCAGAGCAAUUGUUGAAGAUCUUCGAUAUUAUGGGCACACCAACCGAGCUCACCUGGCCAGGCGUCAGUCAAUUGCCCGAAUACAGAAACGACUUCCCGUCUCGCUCUCCACAAAGUCUGCAACAAAUUAUACCGUCGUUAGACCCUGUGGGGGUCGACCUUCUGGAACGCAUGUUGCAACUACGUCCAGAAGCACGCAUCAGCGCCACAGAGGCUUUAAAUCACCCGUGGUUCCAGGGGUUUGAUUGA